UUCUGUGAUUGUUAUUAUGUCCGUAAGUCCGUAGACGUUAUGUCUGUUGAUUGAGUUUAUGAAAUAUUUUUUAACACUCUUUAUAAAUGCAUGUUAUACGGGAGUGAUUAGUAUUUUUCGUAGGCUUUCCUUAUCUCAAUAAAAAGAAAUGCUAAAGACAACUUAUGAUUGAAAGAACACGAGGAUGGAAAGUCCUAUAAAGCAAACUUCCCAAGAGGAGGAAUCUGAUAUGGAAUGCUCAGAUACCGAAUGUUACGAUGAUUAUGACUAUUAUAACAACGACGAUAACGACAUAGAGGACAUUGAUCCACGUCAAACAGAUGUAGAAUAUUUCAAUUGCGAGACAUUAAAUGAUGAACAAGUAGAAAGGUUAUUGAACGAAGUAGUGGAACUAUUGAGCAAUAAUCUUCAAAUAACACCGUUUUUGGCUAAAGUUCUGUUACAUAGUAACCAAUGGGAUGUACCUGAAAUUGUUAGGAACUAUAAAGAUAACGCAUCUAAUUUACUUGUUAGAACAAACAUAAAGCCUGCCAUUGUACCUCAACCUCCAACAUAUUCACGAUAUAUCACUUGUUCAGUUUGUGUUACUAUCCAGAACAUGGAUAAAUUUUAUAGCUUAUCAUGUUCACAUAUGUUUUGUAAAGACUGUUGGAUGUCCCACUUCGAAGUUCAAAUUAAUCAAGGAAUAUCAACCGGUAUUAGUUGUAUGGCAAGAGAUUGUGGAAUAUUGGCACCAGAAGAUUUUGUGCUUAAACAUAUAUCUCGUGCCAAUCUCCGAGAGAAGUACCAACAAUUUGCCUUUCAAGAUUACGUCAAGUCUCACCCCUGCUUGAGAUUCUGUCCAGGGCGAAAUUGUUCUAUGGUUAUUUACAGUAAAGAGGUGAAAGCGAAGAAAGCCGUUUGUUCAUUUUGCAAAACUACAUUUUGCUUCAAAUGUGGUAAAGACUAUCAUGCACCAACUGAAUGUAUCGUUAUAAAGAAGUGGCUAACCAAAUGUGCUGAUGAUAGUGAAACAGCAAAUUACAUAAGUGCUCAUACUAAAGACUGCCCAAAAUGUAACAUAUGUAUUGAAAAGAAUGGUGGAUGUAACCAUAUGCAGUGUUACUCUUGUAAACACGAUUUUUGCUGGAUGUGCAUGGGUGACUGGAAAACUCAUGGAUCGGAAUAUUAUGAAUGCUCCCGUUACAGGGAAAACCCCAACAUUGCUCUGGAAUCUGCACAUGCUCAGGCCCGUGAAGCUUUGAAGAAAUACCUUCAUUACUAUGAGAGAUGGGAAAAUCAUUCAAAAUCCCUGAAGCUAGAAGAACAAACUCUAACUAAAUUAAGAAACAGAAUCAACCAAAAAGUUAUGUCUGGAUUGGGCACUUGGAUCGACUGGCAGUACCUAUUUACUGCUGCCGAACUACUAGCCAAGUGUCGUUACACCUUGCAAUAUACAUAUCCCUAUGCCUAUUUCAUGGAACCAGGUCCUAGGAAGGAACUCUUUGAAUAUCAGCAAGCUCAAUUGGAGGCGGAAAUAGAAAAUUUGUCAUGGAAAGUAGAGAGAGCAGAGACAACAGACAGGGGAGAUUUGGAAAACCAGAUGGAUAUUGCUGAGAAGCGUAGGACCACGCUUUUGAAAGAUUUUUUGGAUGUGUGAUAUAUGAAAAAUUCUAAAUAAUUUAUGUAACUUUGGUAUAAAUCGUUAUUUUAAUGAAGAUUUCCUAAUGUCUGGCAUAACUGUAGCAAGAAUAUUUUCUACUAUAUAUUCUCAUUUACUCGAAGAAUAAAUUCAAAAAAUGUCUAAUAGUUUUAUUUUGGAAGAAGCUGAUUUUGGUAGUAUUGAUAUUCUUAGGCUUAUUGAACACAUGUUCAAUCAAACCCUGAUCAUUCAAUUGAAUAGAAUUAAUCUAUUUUGUAUGAUUAUCAAAAUACAUCUCUUCAUUAAAAUAUCGUUUUGUUUUUGAUACUAUUCAAUAUCUUUGUCAAGUGUUUUCAUCAAGAAAUUAUAUUUAAAUGAAAAAUUUGCUGUAAUCAGUAUUAGAAUAGGAACCGUCAUUGUUUUGUGUAUAUAGUAAAGAUCAUAGCUUUUUUAAUA